CCCUAUUGUGGGAACGAUGGACAGUAACACGAUUUUGCGGACGGAUGUCGCAGACGACGAAGACGAGGAGGAAGAGGAGGAGGAGGAGGAGGAAGAAGAAGAGGAAGAAGAGGAGGAAGAAGAGGAAUAUGAGGAGGAAGAAGAGGAAGAGGAGGGUGAGUCGCUGCCCCGCCGCCGCCGUCGCCGCCGCCGCCGCCAUCCUUCCCUUAAGUCUCAGUCUUCAAUCAAAGAAGGCAGCCGACCCUCGGCUGCAUCCGAAACUAUGCUCGUGCCCGAAUCGCUGCUCGAAGCCGAAGUCAAAACUCCCACCAUCGUUGGUCCCUUGUAUUUAUCCUGGACUCCCGAGGAGGUGGCUGAAUGGAUCGGCGACCUGGGCUUUCCUCAGUACAAGGAGUGUUUUACUACAAAUUUUAUCUCAGGACGGAAACUCAUAUAUGUAACGUGUUCAAAUCUACCACAGAUUGGAAUUACUGACUUUGAACAUAUGAAGGAAAUUUCAAAGCAUGUACGAGAACUGCUGCAAUUUGAAGAGCCACUUUUUGAAAGAAGUAUCUCUCUACCACCUCGAGAUAACAUUGGAUUGUUCUUAGAACAAAAGUCUCGAACUGGAAAACACAGUGAUGCUCUUAGUUAUUCUCAGUUUGUUCAAGAAGCAAGAUUACAAGAUUAUGAACCAAAGCCUCCAACUCCAGAAUAUGUAUGCGAACCCCAGCCUUCAACGCCAUCAUAUGAAGAACUACAGCAAACCAGUUCAUUUUUCUCAAAAUAAGAGAAUAUUCGUUGUUCUUAUGUUUCAGAUAUUACAUUGAAAUAUUUUCCUGUAUUUCUAUUUCAGUUUUCACAGGGAACAAAAUUGCAUAUGGAUGCAGUUUAACCAGUAUCCUAAUCCUAAACUUGAUAAAUAGAAUAUCAUGGAGGAAGUGCUUCCUGAUGCAAAACAGAAAUUUUUCCACAUCACUAAUGCAAAAUAAAGCCAUAUGUGAACACAGAGGAUUGUUCUUACUGGAAUUUUAUCAAUUUGAAAAAUCAGUGAUUUAGUGGGUUUUAGCAGCACUGCUGAGAGUGGUAUCUUUUUAGUCAUAGAAGUCGUCAAAUCUUCACUUUUCAUGGCUAAUGCUGUUAUCAUGUUAAAAUAAGAUGAAGCAAUGAUUUCCUGAAGAGAGGUAUUUGUUUCAAGAAGCUGGCUAAGAGAGGUAAAGGAAUGGAAAUGGGAAUACUAUAUAUUUAAUGAUUAAGCUCUAGUCUAUAAAGAUUCUUCAGACAUCUAUCAUUUCUAUCUGCAUAUAUGCAAUUUACCACUGACUCCAAGCAGGUCAUCUAGACAGAACCUGCUCCUAGUACCCUACUUUGGGAAGGAAAGAAACUGAAGCCAAUAGGUACUUAGUUCUCUGAAAAAUCUUCCUGUGGAAAUAACACCAGCCCUGCAGAUCCCAAAAUAUGUAUGUGCUGCCCUGGGAUUUUAAAAAAAAUUUCAAGAGAUCUGGAUGUUCUUUCCUGAAAUGGCACCCAAAUGUAACAAUGUUCUGGCCAGUUGUUUCCCAAGAUGGCCUCCACCAAUAAUCCCAAUCUUCAGUCUUUGAUUAUCCUUAGAAGGUUGGGAACCACAAACAGCAGUCCCCAUUUAGAGCAGAAGAACUAUCCAAUGUAAUAAUAGGAGAGGGAACAUUGCUGCUGUUAGUGACUUGGGAUCUUCCUGGACCCAUGGCUCCUUCACAUAGAUGAUGCCAGCCACAGGGAUCACAGAAUCAAAUCUUCACGGUGCCUACACUCUCUGUCUGGCGUAGCAUCCCCUGGAUACCUUCUUGGUUUUUAGAAAUUUUAUUAAAACAUGAUUAUUUCAUCA